AUGGAGUACGAAAAGUGCUAUGUCUUCCAGCCGGACGAUGCCAGAGCGACAAAACGCAGGCGWACCGAGCCUCAAGGACUGCAGGCAUCAUGGAAGCUGAGAAAACAGGCCUACGAACGGGCAUGGUCUGCACAACAGGAACGCAUCGAUGCGAAAGUGAAUACCAUCAAUGCCACCACUGUCAACGAUAUCGCUGCUUUUCUGGACGCAGCUGCAGGUGAGCCAGUGGUGGACCGUAUCCCGACGGGCCUGAUUCUUGCUGGGCCAAAUUCUGCUCUCCGCAAUUCCAUUGCAGCACAUGUAUCGGCUCAGGAUGGAGGAAGUAGCAUCAAACGGCUUCUGGUGCCCAUAUCUUCGAGCGUGGGAUCAAACGUUAAAAGCGCAUUGAAAACCAUAAUUCAGAAAGCGACUUCACGACCUGUUGAUGAUGACGACGAUGAGCUGGAGGAGCACUCUGCAUCGCGGAAAGGACCCAAGCUUUUGAACUACGACCUUCAGAUACUCCACGAUUAUGUGCAGGAGCGCAACAUCCAACAAGUCGUCAUCGCUAUUGAAGAUACGGAAGCUUUUGACAGCGACCUGCUCUCGGAACUCAUCGAGCUUCUGGGCUGUUGGCAUGGCCGCAUACCUUUUGCGUGUCUCUUCAAUGUGGCCACCUCGGUCGAAUUCCUGCAGCAGCGUCUGUCCAAGUCCGCAGUCAGCUGUCUAGAGGGAAGACUCUUCGAUGCGGAACUCUCCACCGAUGAAGUGGAGCAGGUCUUUGAGGCCAUAACAAGUCCCGAAGCUCCCAUCUGGCUGGGACCAAAUCUAGCGUCGAACAUGCUCGAGAGGCAGAGCGACUACAUUCAAAGUAUCAACUCACUAGUCGAUGCGGCGCAAUAUGCAUACAUGUGCACCUACUUUGCAAAUGCGCCCAGCAUUUUCCUAGACCCAUCUUUGUCAUUCAAAGACGUGCCCAAGGAUCAUUUCGAGGCAAUACGCAACCUGGACUCUUUCCGAGCCUACGCAAAACAAACACUGAGCGAUGGCGACACCAAACAACUUCGCCAUUUGCUAGAUUCAGACCAGUCGCUGUUCACUUUUACUCAGGAAGCUAUUCGUGACGGCCGGGUCGCUCUGGCCGAUACAAUGGCUGCAACAGAAGUUGUUCGUGCGGCUCAAAACGCACUUCCCAACACUCCGGUCACGGCAAAGUCGAAGCUGUACAUCCAGGCAAUGUCCAUGAAAUUGGCGAGAUCUCCUUUGAUCCGCACGCUGCUCAUGACCAUCCGGAAAGCACCCUCAGACAUCACCCUGGAGCUCAUGAAGACCAUCGCCUGCCUCGAGGUGCACGAGGAUCUGAAGACUCAAGCAGAAGAAAUCGGUAGCGAGCUAGAGGAMCUAAUCGAGGCGCAUGGCAACUCCAAACAACCACUGCGAAGUGCUGACGAUGUGCGAAACUCAACUAUGCGAACGACUGUUGUGGCGCAAAAAGUGGAGCUCAGCAAGCAGAAGUCCGCUCUCUCAAAACAAGAUACAGCCUACACCACUAUUGUACGCCGCUUCUCAGACUUGCUGGAGUCAUUCCUCGCCGAAAAGCUGGCAAGCUCUGAGCAUCUCGUCUUGCACGAGAUAUUCAUGUAUGAUCUGCGGUCACCUUACCGGGAAGUGUUUACGCCGCGGCCUCGCCACGCCAUUGAGCGGGCUCUUGCGGCUCCGCAUGACUAUUUGGAUUGCGACUGCUGCGCUCCCGGACAGGGUGAAGCAGAAGAAGCCACACUGGCAGCUUCGCAACCAGCGACUGCUGUGCUAUAUCAGCUGUAUCUCGAGUCUGGCAGUCUCAUCAAUGCCAGCGAUCUAUGGCAAGCAUUCCAGGCGGUGGUGGGCGACGCUCAGGAAGAUAUACAACACACCAUGGCGCUUUUCCAGAGAGCUCUGGCGGAGCUACGAUACAUCGGUCUUGUGAAGGGAACAAGGAAGAGGGUCGAUCAUGUUGCAAAGGUGGCGUGGAAGGGUUUGUGA